AUGGGGAAUGAAAAGCCGGAACAGUCUUUGUCGCCGUUCGUGACCAUGUUUGAGGGUUUCCGGAAAGAGCUGGAUGAGCACCACGAUCGCCGCGAGAGGAUCAUCAAAGCGUCUCGCGAUAUUACCGCGUCGAGCAAGAAGAUCAUCUUCACGCUACAGAGAGUACGUGCUAUUGGUCAAGCUGUUCCACCAUUCGUCACCAAAAGUAAUGCACAAUACUGGGAGACUAUCGAAAAGCAGUACAAGAGCAUCGCUGCCGACCUUCAAGGACUGAAUGCCCACCGUUACUCGCAUAACAUCACAGGUGGUAACCAGGAGUUCAUGGAGGCGCUCAGCUUCCAGUACUACCUUGAAACGCAAUCUCUCAUCUCAUAUGACGAGGCCGGAUCCAAAAUCGCUGCGAUGUGUGGCGAGGCUGGCGUUGUAUCACUUACGCCUGAGGAUUAUAUCCUGGGUAUCUGUGACAUGACGGGCGAGCUCAUGCGAUUCUCGGUCACAUCAAUGGCUACACACGGCAAACUGCCCUCUGGACGAGCAAAGCACAGCAAACCUAGCAUGCAAACGAAGGAUCAGGACGACCUCGGUGACAAGAUGGACAUUGAUGAGCAAGCACCUGUUGUGCAAGAGACGCAGAAGCCACGGACUGUCUUGGACGACUUGCGAGCCAUCCGGCUUCAGCUUGAGAUGUUCGAAACACCAGGAGGAUCCAAAUUCGAGAAAGAGCUUGAGACGAAGAAGAUGCCGGUGAUGCGGGAGUGUGUCGAUAAGGUGGAGAAGGCACUCUAUGGACUCACUGUGCGAGGAUCUGAGAGACCCAAGGGGUGGAUGCCUGAUAUGGGUGGUGAAAGGCGUGCCGAAGUGGAGAGCUACUAA